GAAUUUUUUAUGGAUUAAAUUAAGUACUUCCAUCUUCAUUUCCCACCUGAUCGCAGCCAUAUAAAUCCCAACAGCUGAUCAGCAGACUUCAGAAAGCCCGACGCCUUCAGACGGAGCAGCUGCGAGAUAAAGCAGGAGAGCGCGGAGCGAACAGGCUGACGCACACUCAGCUUUUUACUGUCCUUUCUGUGUCUGACGGGUUAGACAAGCAUAUCGGAAACUAGAUGACGAGUUAGUUUUCACUUAAAACCCAAAUCCUGGAAGAUAAGACAUCGUUACGGGUCCAAGAGGAAGGGAGCGUUUUAAAGAGAAGAUCAGCGGAGCUGUCCAGUGCUGAAUACGUGCCGCUGACGCGGGAGCUGUCCAGUGCUGAAGUUGCAUUUCUGCCAUCGCGCUGCAUCAACACAACGCAAUAAGGGGCUCAAGGGUCCGCCGUAACCCUGUGCUGGCAUCCCAAUCUCGGCAUAACCGAAGAGAACGAUACAGGACGCGUUUUCACCCAGCGUUGCAUGAAGAAAGCGAGAGAUUCGACCGGAGGACGAGUGUUUUUUUUUUCUUUCUUUUAUUUAACGUCGAAACAUGCCAAGGUCUUUCCUGGUCAAAAAGGUUAAGCUUGAUGAUUUCUCAUCCGCUGAUCUCGAGAGCUCCUAUGGCAGAUCCAGGGCAGACCUCAGCCUGCGCUUCCAUGAGAAAGCAUACAUCAGUGACUACAUGACCCCGGCCGUGUAUGACGCCGAAAGCGACAACGGUAUCAAAGUACCCUCCCCAGGACCCAUCUACGACAGCAUCCACAGUGAUGACUAUGGAGCCCCGGACUCGGAUCAACCGGACAGCCCGCGAUCUGAGAUCUCCGGUUACAUCAACGGAGACACCGCCGUCAGCGAGGGCUACACGGUAGACGCGUUCUUCAUCACGGACGGGAGGUCAAGGAGAAAAGCCAUCAGCAGUCCACGCACCCUUCAGCGGCACUCGUGCAACGAGUGCGGAAAGACAUACGCCACGUCUUCCAACCUGAGCCGACACAAGCAAACGCACCGGAGCAUGGAUAGCAAAAUGGCCAAGAAGUGCCCCACCUGCGGGAAGGUGUACGUCUCCAUGCCGGCCAUGGCCAUGCAUUUGUUAACGCACGACCUAAAGCACAAGUGUGACAUAUGCGGAAAGGCCUUCAGCAGGCCAUGGCUUUUACAGGGACACAUGCGCUCACACACGGGCGAGAAGCCGUUCGGAUGCGCGCACUGCGGGAAGGCGUUCGCCGACCGCUCCAAUCUGCGCGCCCACAUGCAGACACACUCGGCCUUUAAGCACUACAAGUGCAAGAGAUGCGACAAGACCUUCGCUCUAAAGUCGUACCUGAACAAGCACUAUGAGUCGGCCUGCUUCAAGGGAGCUUUUGCGCCUCUGAGCCCUCUGGACGCGUGAAAACGCGCAUCGGACUUCCAACGCUCUAAAAAUAAAUAAAACAAAGGUUCUUUAUCGGCAUGCAGUGUUCCACAAAGAACCUUUCACAUCCAUGGAACCUUCCCAUUGUAGUGGAAAAAGGCUCUUUAGACUAUAACUUAGGUUCUUCCAUGGCAUUGCUGCCAAAACCCCAUUUUGAACCUUUAUUUUUAAAGGAAUAUUCCGGGUUUAAUACAAGUUAAGCUCAAUUAACAGCAUUUGUGGCAUAAUGUUGAUUACCACUAAAACAUAUUUCAACUCAUCCCUCCUUUUCUAUAACUCCCCCCCCCCGAGACUCAAAUGGAAGUGAAUUGGGCCAAUCCGUAAACGUUAAUAUACUGAAGUUUCAAACGUAUACCCACAACUAUGUGUGUGAACCCCAUAAGCCCCAAAACAGUAAAAACCUCAAUUUAACAACUUCGUUGCCAUGACGACAGAACCCCAUAAACCCCAAAACCGUAAAAAUGUCCAUUUGACAACUUCAUUGCCAUGACGACAGAACCCCAUAAACCCCAAAACCGUAAAAACCUCAAUUUGACAACUUCGUUGCCAAGAUGAUGCAACCCCAUAAACCCCAAAACCAUAAAAACCUCAAUUUAACAACUUCAUUGCCAUGACGACGGAACCCCAUAAACCCCAAAACCAUAAAAAUGUCCAUUUGACAACUUCGUUGCCAUGACGUCAGAACCCCAUAAGCCCCAAAACUGUAAAAACAUCAAUUUAACAACUUAGUUUCCAUGACGAUGGAACCCCAAAACUGUAAAAACAUCAAUUUAACAACUUCGUUGCCAUGACGACGGAAACCCAUAAACCAUAAAAACAUCAAUUUACAACUUCGUUGCCAUGACGAUGGAACCCCAUAAACCCCAAAACCGUUAAAACGUCAAUUUAACAACUUCGUUGCCAUGACGUCGGAACCCCAUAAGCCCCAAAACUGUAAAAAUGUAAAUUUAACAACUUCGUUGCCAUGACGCCGGAACCCCAUAAACCAUAAAAACAUCAAUUUAACAACUUUGUUGCCAUGACGACGGAACCCCAUAAACCCCAAAACUGUAAAAACGUAAAUUUAACAACUUCGUUGCCAUGACAACGGAACCCCAUAAACCCCAAAACCGUAAAAACCUCAAUUUAACAACUUAGCUCAAAUAACACAGUUUUAACAGAAUAAUUAAUGUAUGUGCAUUUAUAAAAUUACAAGCGUCACAUUUUUGCCUUUAAACCCUCCAAAAAUUGGCCCCAUUGACUUCCAUUGAAAGUGCCUCACCGGAACACGGAUUUGUGCUGUUUUUGUGGUAAUCAACAUUACGCCAUAAAUGUUGCCGAUUGAUCUUAACUUGUAGCGAACCCGGAAUAUUCCCUCAAGAGUGAACUUUACACACCUGAUGACCUGAACACAACUAGUUGACAGCACAUCAUGGAAACCUUGGAUUAAUCGCAUGUACCUUAACUUUUCUUUUUUAAGUGUACUCUCUGUCACAUAUUCAGCUGAAAUAUCAUCUGUUGAGACAUUGAAAAUGUCGUUAUUUCUCUCAAAAAGGUCAAACCUUUUCUAAGUAUUGGAUAAUAUUGUACCGCUGCAGCGAGUGGCCACAAAAGUGUUCAGCAUUGAGGUAAAAACUAUUUAUUCAUUCACUUAUUUAUGUACUAUUUAUAUAUUUAUUCAUUUAUUUCCUAAAACAAACUGUGUACGAUCUUGAUUUGCACUUUAAUUUAGUGUUCCGUUGCCAAGCCUUCAUCAUCAAUAUGCCAAAGCAUUUGCCACUUUCUGAAUAUCUUAUUUUUAUUUGCCACUUUAUAAAUUUGUUGCAUGCAAAAAAACGAAACGAAACAAAAAAAAAACUACUACUAGCCUAAUGAAAUCUAUGCCAAUUUUACGAAGCUUUGGAUUUUAUGCCAAAACCUAGAUAGCAUCCGUUGUCUGCAAUAUUUCUCGGGAGUCAUGAUGAUGAUGAUGAUGAUGAAGAAUAGAGCAAUAAUGCAUGGUGUUUUUAAAAGCUAAAGCGAGUAAUAACUAUAGCGUUUUUAAUCACGAUUUUAUCCAAUACUAUCCGUAGACGUUCAGAAGUUCAAUAUCAGGGAUAUGCCAGAGUAGUAUUAGCAGAUACUUCCACGGGAUGAGGGUGGGAGGGAUAUAGGGUGCUUUUGUAAGUGGUUAUGCACUGCCUGCCUCUUAUUUAAUGACGUAGUUUUAGAACGUGGGCACGCGUGGUGGCGAACGGACCGCUGGAUCAUUUGCUCCGGAUCUGCGGAACGGCCAACGUGAACGGCGCAAAAACCUGGAGAACGUGGACGAGCUGAAACUGCAAUACUGACAGAUGGACAUAUUUCAUGCAGGUUUGGCAGAUUUAUCUUCGAACAGCACUUCUUCGAAUACCUUUCCGACCUUUUUUUGAAAAAGAAUACAAAACUAGUAGCACAAAGCUUAGAGAUUCAGGUAGACAGGCCUUGUAUUAGCUCAACCUCUGUUUUUGUAAUUAUGGACAAAGGAACUGUUUAAUGCAAGAUGCCUUGUAAAUAAUCCUUUGGAAUUGAAUAUUUCUACAAACUGUAAAGAAUUAAACAAACUUAUUUCUGGACUUCUUUUUUCCCUGGGUUUUUCCCCCCCAGCAUUUGAACAAUGUAAAGCACAAAUGACACCGGGCAUUUUCUCACUUCAUAAUAAAGAACGAAUAAGU